CAGUGGGCACCGCGACGGCUGACAGAGCGGCAGGUUUUCAGAGCGGCAGAGGACCGGGCGCCCGGACAGAGCUGCAGGUUUAGCAGGGAUUCCGGCCACCGGAGACUCUCCGGCGACGGAAUGGCACGCACAAAGGUGCGGAUCUGCUGGACAGCAUUGGCCAUCCUGAUAUUAGCAGCAUUAGCAGAUGCCGCUGUCAAGAGAACUCGUAAGCGAGUGGUAUGUUACUACACAAACUGGUCAGUCUACAGACAGGGUCUGGCCAAAUACCAGCCCGCCAACAUCAACCCCCACCUCUGCACCCAUCUCAUCUACGCCUUCGGCACGUUCAAUGAUGACUUUGAGCUGGAGCCGUCCGACAAGUAUCAGGAUAUUGAGAAAGGUGGCUACGCUCGUUUCAACGGCCUGAAACAGUACAAUCGAGGUCUCAGGACGCUGUUGGCUCUCGGAGGUUGGAAUGAAGGAUCAGGGCGCUUCUCCGAGCUCGUGGCCGAGCCAGAGUACAGAAAAACGUUUAUUCUGAGCGUGAUACGCUACCUGCGUCAGUACAACUUUGACGGCCUGGAUCUGGACUGGGAGUACCCGGGCUCCCGGGCCGGCAGCACCUACGAAGACAAGGACAACUACGCCACGCUCUGCGAGGAGCUGAGGGCGGCCUUUGACGCCGAGUCGGUGCUGACCAACCGACCUGCCCUGCUGCUCACCGUGGCAGUCCCGGCCGGAACCAAAACCAUCGAGAAAGGAUUCAACGUACCGAGACUGAAUGCAGCUGUGGAUUUCUUCAACAUCCUCGCCUACGACUACCACGCAGUCACGGAGCCCCUGACCGACCACCACGCGCCCCUGCUGCCGGCACCGGAUACCUUCGGCUCAUUCGGGCCCGGCCCCAGUGUUGAACUGAAUGUGGACUACACGGUGCGCUUCUACCUGAAGCUGGGCGCCGAGCGCAGGAAGCUCGUGGUCGGUAUCCCCACGUACGGCAGGUCCUUCACCCUGAUCGACGAGCGCUUCAACGGCCUGCAGGCUGCCGCCAGCGGGGCCGGCACCAAGGGCAAACACACCAACGAAGACGGCUACCUCAGCUUCUACGAGAUCUGUGAGCACGUUGCUGUGGACGAGUGGAGUGUCUACCGACCCCAUCCGGACGCUAUGGGACCUUACGCCACCAAAGGGCAGCAGUGGGUGGGGUAUGACGACGAAACUGCCGUCCAAACGAAGGCCGAAUAUGUCCGCGAUAACCACCUCGGAGGAAUCAUGUUCUGGUCGAUUGAUAAUGAUGACUUCCGCGGCCGCUGUUCGGGCCGGCCGUAUCCAUUGAUCGAGGCAGCCAAGGAGGCCUAUCUGGCGCCCGCGCCUGGGGACGCCCCGAAGCAGGCCCCGCCACCGACCCCCGUCCCGCCGGCCACUCCCGACCCCGGGGCAGGAUUCACCUGCAAGCGGGAGGGCUUCUUCCCCCACCCCUCCGAGUGCAACAAGUACUUCUGGUGUCUGGCCGGCGGUCCUCUCGGCAUCACCUCCCACAGCUUCACCUGCCCUGCCGGCCUGCUCUUCAACCGGCGCACAGAUGCCUGUGACUUCCCCAGAAAUGUCAAAUGCAAGGUAGAGGUGAAGGAGGUCACCUCCAUCACCUUCCCUCCGACCCGGGAGCCCACCGUGCUGCCUCCGGGCCCCCUGGAGACAACCGGUGACGUCACGCCUGAUCCGUUCGAUCAGUACUACGAGGACUAUGAUACAGAGGACCUGGAACCGUUCGGUCUGGAGCCGAUUGGACAGACGGAACCGCAGACGCCUGUGGAGACAGCCAAACAGGUUCUCGGCGGCUCCAGAGGUGGCCAGGUGGUGGAGCGACAGCCCCAGGAGCAGGAGUCGGAUCCUGAGGAGCUCAAGAAGCUGCUCCAGCUCAUCACUGAUCUAGCUGUCACUGACCUGCACAAACUGCACACCUCAGGCGGGGUCGAGGCGGUGCAAAGAAUCCUGGAAGAAGACGAGACAACGUCCGGAGGAUCGACGAUAUCCGAACAGGAUCGUCAGACGCUGAUCAGGAUUGUUGGCAAGAGCACCACCACAUCUGCGCCCAGCGCGGAACGAACAGCUGACAGGGAGCGAACCUCUUCCCCUUCCAUCUCUGAAGGCCGGCAGCCACAGACGCAGAGAACGCGUCUGCAUCUGUCCCGACGCCGCCAGCGCCCCCAGGGCACCACCGAGUCUGCGGCAGGGGUCGCCCCGGAGCGGGAGCGGGCCAGCAGUCGGCGCCGUCAGUACAGCAGCAUACAGAGAGACAGAUACAUAACCCUACAGAGGUCUAGGCCCACUGCUGCUACUUCAACGCAGCCAACGACUUCAACUGAAGAGACCUCCACGACUCAGCCAACAAAUCCGUGGACCUACUUCCACGAGUAUCCAGACUCGUGGAAGCGGUCCUUAGAAACCGUAGCUGCUUUGCUUCUUAGUGCUGACGCACGGCUCGGGUUUCAGGUGGAAACCGAGCCUGCCGUCACCGCUGUCAGUCCCUCGGAGGAAGGCGCUGGUCGUCCCCGCGGCACGGCGGCACUGCUGUCGCUCAGUGACCCCGCUGAGGUCGAGUCACUGCUUGAUCUUACAGACGACGCUGUCAACAGUCUGGACACUGAACCUAGACAGAGGAGGAUUCGCAUUCGCCUGCGAAGGCCUGGGGAGAGAACGAGGAGUAGCACGAAAAAAGCUGAAGCUGUUGCCGAAGAAGAGGCUGCAACAGCUACUACAGAAGCGGCUACAGAAGCACCAGAAGUUGUAACGUCAGCGACGACUGAAGAAACCGCGAAAGGGGUUACUGUAGCCCCCAUUGAAAUUCCAAGUGGGGUUUCCGAAGAGCUGCUUGCCGAAGAAGUCACUGAGGGACCGAUUGACGAGCAAAGUGAUUCGGUGACCAGCGAGGAGACUCUUGAAAGCGAUAACAACGGACGCAAGAUUCGAGUGAUUCGCGUCAAGAGACCGCGUGAGCGAACCACGCAGCCGACAACUGAAGAGACGUCAGAGAUUUUAGAGAACGAGGUCACAGCUGACAGCCUGAUUGCUGCCGAAACGACCGCCCAAAGUGAAGUAGCAGAGGCGGCCGGCUCUUCCCCCACCGCUGAGAUUGGCUCUGUGCGCAUUGAUGCGGAAACGGAACUGUCGUCUCCCAAAACUGCUGAGGUGGAAGAUCUUGGCUUCUCCCCUGUCGCGGCGUCAACGACAGAGGAUCAGGCUGAGAUAUCCACCACGGAGCUUCCAGAAGAAGCUACAACAUUGCCCGAGGAAAGAACUACUAUCAACAUCGAAACAACGGCUGCAGACGUUAGCAACACUACAGAGAUAAACGUGUUCGAUUCGGAAAAUUACAGCACCACCACUGGCUAUUCGUCCGGUAUCGAGUUUUACGAAGAAGGCAUUGUUUACGCGACCACUUUGCAAGAUAGCGGCUCCACGCCUCAAACUACGAAUGUGUCAGAACAAACGGAGUCAACCACUGCAUCUGCGGAUGAAGGCGAAAACCUGUUCACGUCAACAGAACAGUCCGGCACCAUCGGUAAGACUGAGAAUGAAGAUGCCGCCGGACUAACUGAAGCCGCUGCAGCCUCUCUGGUGCACGCGCUCCAGAAGAGCACUCCGCCAGAACCCAAGCCGACGCUGUUCAACAGCCAGGGUCUGCUGGCGUACUCGACGGUGACACCUCGCUACAGAGAUCCUGACAGCCUGUUCAAGAGGAAAACAUAUCUGAGUGGCGGAGGUGCUCACCAAAGUCCCGUCACAAGCCCAGCUUGGCUGCCGUUCCUUCACUAUCGCAGCUGCUACUACUUCUGGCGUCUGACGACUCUACGCUGGGCGGUCAUCACGCCCGUGUGGCUCGAUCGCCGCGUGACGACCCAGAACAUCAGACACACAACAACUGGUACUGGUCUGACUCCCAAUCAGUCGCAGCGCAGAGACCCUCUGCGACCCAGGUUACCAAAACAGGCUGAGAAGGCCUCGCCCGGUGCGACGAAAGCCAACCACCACCACGCCGCCUCCUACGACAACCACCACGCCGCCUCCCACGACACCCACCACGACUUCCCCGGUUCCACGAAGGCGACGGCCAUCUAG